UUAAAUAUAAGCUCACCAUAAAUGAAAAUGAAGAGUGAAAGGAAACAAAAAAUUGGUUGGCCAACCAACUAAAAUGGGAUCCUAUGCAUGACUUUUGACUAAAUCCUCCCACAAAAUUCUCCAUUUUUCAACCACCACCACCUUCCCAAAUGAACAAAAAAAAAAACACUAAUAAGGAAAUGGAAAAAACUACUAAAACCAAAAUCUUUUUCCUUUGUUAUGUAAAAUUGCUUUGAGGGAAAGGAAAAAACAUAAAAAGGUUUGAAAUGAGAAAUGGAUACAAUAAAUCCAUUGAAAGACCAACCUCAUUCAAUUCCCUUGAGGAAGUUAUUGCUUUGGGCUUUGUAUGCACUUCUUCCUAUAAUUACUAUUUUUCACUUAAUUGCCUAUCCUUUUCCCCUCUCACUUUCUCAAUCUAAACAAUCAUUAGCCAUCACCACCUCUUCUUCAACUCCAUCAAAAGGUACAAUACAUAAAAUCAAAGAAAUAGGAAAUGCUAGUGUAGAAAUUUCAUGUGACUAUAGCAAUGGCAAUUGGGUUCACGACAAGUUAGGCCCUUUGUACACAAAAUGUGACACUAUCAAAGAGGGACAAAAUUGCAUAACACAUGGAAGACCUGAUAAUGACUAUCUUUAUUGGAGAUGGAAGCCAAAAAAUUGUCAACUUCCAAGAUUUGAUCCAAAAAAAUUUCUUCAACUAUUUAAAAACAAGAAUUUAGCAUUUGUUGGUGAUUCACUAGCUAGAAAUCAAUUGGAAUCAUUACUUUGUAUGUUAUCCACUUUUAGUCCUCACGACUUAGUUUUUAGUCAUGGUGAGGAAAAUAAGUUUAGGAAAUGGUAUUUUCCUUCACAUAAUGUGAAUGUAUCAAUAUAUUGGUCACCUUUUCUUGUUAAAGGGGUUGAAAAAUCAGACAAGACAUACUAUAACACACUGUUUUUGGACUCUGUUGAUGAGAAAUGGGCUAUUGAUUUAGGACAAAUGGAUUUGGUUGUGUUUUCAUUUGGACAUUGGUACUUGCAUUCAGCUGUUUAUUAUUAUGGUGACAAAGUGCUAGGUUGUCAUUCUUGUUCUGGUUUGAAUUACACUGAGGUUGGAUUUUAUGAUGUUUAUGGCAAGGCAUUUGAGACAACUUUUAAGACAAUAAUUGAUAGGAGGGGAGGCAAAAACAAAAAUGCUGGAAUACUUGAUGUGAUUGUGACAACAUUUUCACCAGCACAUUUUGAAGGUGAAUGGGACAAGUAUGGGGCAUGUUCUAAGACAAAGCCUUAUGAUGCAAAGGAGAAAGAGAAGCUUGAAUGGAUGGACGCGGAGAUGAGGGAAACAUCGAUAAAACAAGUGAACAUUGCGAAAAAGGAAGCUGCUCAUGGGAAGAACGUGAGGUUUGAGGUUGUGGAUGUGACUAAGUUGGCGUAUUUGAGACCGGAUGGUCAUCCGGGACCUUAUAUGCAUCCUUUUCCAUUUGCUAACAGGAUUGAGGAACGCGUACAGAAUGAUUGUGUUCAUUGGUGUUUGCCAGGGCCUAUCGAUACGUGGAACGAGAUUUUGAUGCAAAUGAUCAAGAAAAUGGACAGCCCAAUUUAGUGAAGAAAGUUUACUUUUACUAGUCACUAUGUAUGAUGAUUUUUUCAGAUUCUUGUCCAUUGGGGAUUUUUUUUGUUCCCAUGGAGAGCCAAAGAAAGAAAUUCAGAUUUGUGCCACGUAGGGUUCAUAAAAGGAGAAAUGCACGCUACCAAGAGUUUCUCCAUUUCUGUGAGCUAAAACUCGAGAUUUUUGGUUAAGAGUUGAGAGAUCUCCUCUUAUCCAUUCCACUAUAUCCCUAGGUGGUUCGUGUAAUUCUUUUUUUAUUGCUUGGACAGAAUAAUGUGAAAGAAUAGAAGAUUUAGAUUUUGAAGAAAUGUAGAAUCUAGAGAUUUUCUUUAUAUUAUGAUUUGCUUGAUAUGGAACUUCCAGAUUUGUAACUAAUUCAUGUCAUUGUAACUAUUAGUUGGUCACAUUUUAAUA